AUGCUUCCAAAAAGUGGGACGAAAGUUAUUGUCGACAGAUUAUUCGGUAACUUCCCUGUAAGGCUCGUGGGGAGGGAAGAUAUGACCGCUACCGAAAUAGCGAGGGAGUGGAGGGAUAUUGGGAGGAAAGUUGUUGAGGUUUUAUUACUUUGUGCAAAUAAUGGAAGAGGUGUUAAAGUUGUGGUUAGGAAUGAGGAAGGUGUUAGGAAGGCGGUUUUUGAUAUUGGAGGCGGGGAUGAAAGUGGUAUGUCUGUGAGGAUUGGGAAUGUGGUGGAUCAGGCGGGGUUUGGGAAGACAUUGUGGGAGAAAAUAAGUGGUGAGUGGCGUGGGAUUACUAUGAAAGGGGUUAUUGCACUGGUGCCUGCGGCGGAUAGGGAGAGGCAGUUUAUUUUCGUCAAUGGUUCACCUGUUGGGAGGCAUACGAACUCGAUUUUAUAUUCCAAGAUCAAUGGUUUGUUUACAGGGUCAUCGUUUGGAACAAUCGAUGAGAAUAUUGCACCAGAGGCUGGGAAGAGAUGGGUCGUGAGGAAGGGCGUUGAACGACAUCCUUCGUUUGUAAUAUUCGUGGAAACAUCUGGUUCACUGAAUAUGGUGCAUGCAGAGGAUUUGGAAGUGGAUAGUGGCAAUACAAUCCUCUUAGAUGUCACAAGCUUGAUUGAAGCGGUGGUGGAUGAGUUUCUGAAGGUUGGAGGUUGGAAGAAGAGAGCCGCGGCCAUGAUGCCGAAAAAGAAGGCAGAUGAAGAUGAGGACAUCGGGACGAAGUGGGUGCCGAAGAGGAGGGCGGAUCUUGCCUUGGAUUUGAUGUAUCCUUCGAGGAUGAAGAGUUCCCACAGUCUCGCCGCACAGAACCUCAAUGGAGCGAAAAUUCGGAGGGUCAUGCCGGAGCCGGCGGAAAGACCACCACCGGAGGAAUUGAUGCAGCAGGAAGAUAUACCCGCCGACGAUCCUGCUGUUUUGAGAUACUUGGACCCAGAAACGAACCAAAAUAUAUUAUUGGAUGCAAGGACCGGGAAUGAAAUCAGGACCCCGAAGCCGCAAGCAAUGCCGAAGAGAUUGACCUUAUUGCCUGAACAACGAAAGGGGAUUAUGACCGCUCAGGGCUGGACAUCAAAUAUUGUUUCGUCCUUCAAAAACCCGGUUUACAGAAACCCCGAAGCACAGAUUCCUCGAAAAUCUAUGAUAUCGGAUACUUUCAAAGGAGAUGAACAUAUAAGUACGGCACGACUAUCUAAAUCAUCCCUUCAGACAGCAAGAGUAAUUGCGCAAGUGGAUGAAAAGUUUAUCCUCUUGUUUUUCCAACCUCUGGAGUUACUGGUUAUCGUCGACCAACAUGCUGCCGACGAAAGAAUUCGGGUUGAAAGGCUUUGGAAGGAAUUUGAUAACGUACCGAAACCUUUGAAAAAGGAGGUUUCAUUCUCCAUCAAUGCGGACGAAGCGAACAUAUUGAGAUUGUAUUUGGAUGAUAUCAGGACUUGGGGGUUUGAAUUAGAUAUUACACCGAUAAGGGGAGCUCACGGUGCAGUGGUAGUUGAUGUUGUCGGGGUGCCAGAGUUAGUGGCGGAUAGAUGUGUAAGUGAGUCAUCAGUGGUGGUGAGGUUAUUGAGAGGCUGGAUUGCAGAGUUGAAGGAUGAAAAGAGAAGUAGAGGUUUUCCUGAUAGUAGAGGCGGGUGGAUCAAAAGAAUGGUCACGGCUACGCAGCGUCUGAACGAAGUUGUCAGCAGUCGAGCUUGCAGGAGCGCAAUUAUGUUCAAUGAUAAGCUCACUUUAGAGGAAUGUCGGGAUCUGAUCGACAAGCUUGCUGCUUGUGAUUUUCCAUUUCAGUGUGCACAUGGAAGACCAAGUAUGGUGCCCGUGGUCGAUUUAGCGGAUGAUGGAGUUGAGACACGCUUCAAGGAGGAUGCAUGUGGCAAUUUAUGUUUCCAGCAUGACUGA